AUGGUGAAGAGAAACAACUGGAGGCUCUCUGGAAUACUCUUUUUGUCACGGUUCCUCGAGCACAAACUGCUGGUGGCAUCGCCCUUUUCCAUUCGAGUCAUCUCGCCGCUGGUCCGUGCUAAUACUAAUGACCCCCAAUCUGCACAAGUCGGUACUCAAAAGAAGCACACGAUUCUGUUUUUCAAUAAUAAUAACAAGAUGAAAAACAAUGAUGACGAGGAUCCAUCUUCCAAACAGGUGAUUGUGGGUUGGGACAAUAAUAAUGACGAGGAGCAAGCCAAUGCCACCGACAACGACGACGAGGAUUUGUUGGAGGAUGAAUACUGCUCCGUGUUGGAUGAUUUUGGUUGUGAAGCCUAUGAAGAUUUGGCUCGAAAUUUGGAUGAGAAGGUGUACCGAUGGAUUCGUGUAGAAGCCAAGCCAGAUGAAACCUUGGCGCAUUUGGAAAGCCGAGAGGAUGUGCUACGAGAAAUUGAGAGAGUCAAAUCAGAACAAGAAAGUUAUGGACCCUGUCAAUUGUAUCCUAGAAUAUGGCAGCAGUCGUCCAUUAAGGAUAAUGAUGCAGAAGAAGUCAUGGCAGUCAAUGGCGACGGUCCCCAUCCAGUGGCAUCCUUUUCCGUGCUCCAGUUCAAUGCCCUGGCUGAAGGACUCUCUGCCGGACCCAAUGUCAAGACACCAUUUACAAUUGACAAAAAGGACAAAAACAACGAAGAGGGAGAUGACAACAACAAACCAAAAAACGAGCCUGGCUUUGGAGGGUUCUCUCAAGUUUCAUCUCCAGAAGUCUGCUUGGACUUUUCGUUGCGACGGUGGCGACUCUUGGAAGUCAUUCUGGGAAUUUCGUCUGUCACGAAGGAUCACGAUGUGGAUUCUGCUGCUGUUGCAACAACAACAGAAGGUGUCUUUGAUAUUUUGGCUUUGGAAGAGAUUGACCGAUUUCGGGGGUUCUUUGCCCCCGCUUUGAGGAUCUUUGGCUACGAAGGAAUAUUCAUGCCCAAGGCCAAGGCACCAGGUGUCAGAUUGGGAUACUACAGUGAUGGAUGUGCACUCUUUUGGAAGACCAAUGUAUUCAAGCUAGUGUCGGAAGAGAGACGAAACUUUAGAGUUGGCAAUCAAGUCAUCAUCUUGGCGACAUUGCAGCAUAUCGACACUGGCAUUGCACUUGUCGUAGCUGUCUCUCAUUUGAAGGCACAAAAAAGUGAAACCAACGAAAAAAUUAGAUGCAGGCAAGUGGAAGAACUUUUGGAAGUUGCACAGACUACGGCAGCACGACAAGCCGAAACGAUGGGAUUGGAGGAGGAUAUACCCAUACUGAUCAUGGGUGAUUUCAAUGCGGAUCCACCCGCUCAACUAUCCUUCCCCGAUUCCUCGGUGAGGCGUGCGCUUUCCAAUCACCUGGAAGGAGCCAACAAAAAUGGCAAUGACACGACAUCCAAAACGCCACACAGGAAAUUUCAAUCCGCAUAUCCCAUCGACCCACCCAAAGACUCGUUUUUCACCACUUGGAAAACACGAGGGACUCAAACGGUGAAACGUAUCAUCGAUUACAUCUUCUACUCAUCAGGUGGGCAAAAGGGGGAAAGACUCCAGUGCACAGAAAAUUUGAGUGUUCCAAAGUUUGAGGAACUCGAGGAGAGCAAGCUUCCGGGGCUCCGAUACCCGUCAGACCAUCUCAUGAUUGGGGCCAAAUUUCAGCUCUUCAAAUAA